AUGCGUUGCUUGGCAGCUCGGGUCAACUAUAAGACUUUGAUUAUCAUCUGUGCACUCUUCACUUUGGUCACAGUACUUUUGUGGAAUAAGUGUUCCAGUGACAAAGCGAUCCAGGUUCCACGGCACUUGAGUAGUGGCUUCAGAGUGGAUGCCUUAGAAAAAAGAGCGGCAGCGUCUGAGAGCAACAACUAUGUGAACCACAUGGCCAAGCAGUCUGAGGAGGCCUUCCCUCAGGAACAGCAGAAAGCUCCCCCUGUUGUCGGGGGCUUCAAUAACAAUGGGGGAAGCAAGGUGUUAGGGCUCAAAUAUGAAGAAAUUGACUGCCUCAUAAAUGAUGAACACACAAUUAAAGGGAGACGAGAGGGGAAUGAAGUCUUUCUUCCAUUCACCUGGGUAGAGAAAUAUUUUGACGUUUACGGAAAGGUGGUUCAGUAUGAUGGCUAUGAUCGGUUUGAAUUCUCUCAUAGCUAUUCCAAAGUCUAUGCACAGAGAGCCCCUUAUCACCCUGAUGGUGUGUUUAUGUCCUUUGAAGGCUACAAUGUGGAAGUCCGAGACAGAGUCAAGUGCAUAAGUGGGGUUGAAGGUGUACCUUUAUCUACACAGUGGGGGCCUCAAGGCUAUUUCUACCCAAUCCAGAUUGCACAGUAUGGGUUAAGUCACUAUAGCAAGAAUCUAACUGAGAAACCUCCUCACAUAGAGGUAUAUGAAACAGCAGAAGACAGGGACAAAAACAGCAAGCCCAGUGACUGGACUGUGCCCAAGGGCUGCUUUAUGGCUAGUGUGGCUGAUAAGUCAAGAUUCACCAAUGUUAAACAGUUCAUUGCUCCAGAAACCAGUGAAGGUGUGUCCUUACAACUGGGGAACACAAAAGAUUUUAUUAUUUCAUUUGACCUCAAGUUCUUAACAAAUGGAAGUGUGUCUGUGGUUCUGGAAACAACAGAAAAGAAUCAGCUCUUCACUGUACAUUAUGUCUCAAAUACCCAGCUAAUUUCUUUUAAAGAAAGAGACAUAUACUAUGGCAUCGGGCCCAGAACAUCAUGGAGCACGGUUACCAGGGACCUGGUCACUGACCUCAGGAAAGGAGUGGGUCUUUCCAACACAAAAGCUGUCAAGCCAACAAGAAUAAUGCCCAAGAAGGUGGUUAGGUUGAUUGCGAAGGGGAAGGGCUUCCUUGACAACAUUACCAUCUCUACCACAGCCCACAUGGCUGCCUUCUUCGCUGCCAGUGACUGGCUGGUGAGGAACCAGGAUGAGAAAGGCGGAUGGCCGAUUAUGGUGACCCGUAAGUUAGGGGAAGGCUUCAAGUCUUUAGAGCCAGGGUGGUACUCCGCCAUGGCCCAAGGGCAAGCCAUUUCUACAUUAGUCAGGGCCUAUCUCUUAACAAAAGACCAUAUAUUCCUCAAUUCAGCUUUAAGGGCAACAGCCCCUUACAAGUUUCUGUCAGAGCAGCAUGGAGUCAAGGCUGUGUUUAUGAAUAAACAUGACUGGUAUGAAGAAUAUCCAACUACACCUAGCUCUUUUGUUUUAAAUGGCUUUAUGUAUUCUUUAAUUGGGCUGUAUGACUUAAAAGAAACUGCAGGGGAAAAACUCGGGAAAGAAGCGAGGUCCUUGUACGAGCGUGGCAUGGAAUCCCUUAAAGCCAUGCUCCCCUUGUACGACACUGGCUCAGGAACCAUCUACGACCUCCGGCACUUCAUGCUUGGCAUUGCCCCCAACCUGGCCCGCUGGGACUAUCACACCACCCACAUCAAUCAACUGCAGCUGCUCAGCACCAUUGAUGAGUCCCCAAUCUUCAAAGAAUUUGUCAAGAGGUGGAAGAGCUACCUUAAAGGCAGCCGGGCAAAGCACAACUAG